CUCGAUCCAUGCAAUAAGACGGCACUGAAUAAACUAGACAAAGUGCAAUCUCGUUGUCUACGCUUGAUUACCGGAGCAAUGAAAUCUACCCCGGUUAACGCCCUGCAGGUUGAGUGUGUUGACCCUCCCCUAGCUCUUCGCAGACAGUAUCUGUGUGAUAAAUAUUUUUUUAAAUCCAUCUAUAACUCUUCCCAUAUCCUUUGGCCCAAACUCCAUAAUCUCCUUCAAAUCUCCACUAGUCAAAAUCUCCGACCCUCUGCUAAUUUUUCUUGUUUACUAAAAAGCUUUAUAAGAUUCACCCGUCUGCCUGAUCCUACUGUUCAGUUUGAACUUUAUCCUCUCUUCUCCGUUAACUUCCAGUCCCUUACGUACAAUCCACCCAUCCUUUUAAAUUGUGGCAUAACUAAAGAUACAAUUAAUGCAAAUGCUACAUUUAAUGAAAUUGUAUCCAAUAAAUGGCCCAAUUGGCACCUCUUUUUUACCGAUGCCUCAAAAAUGUCCGAUAUGUCAUGUGUGGGAGUCGCUGUUUGGUACCCUCAAUCCAGCAUUAUUCUUCAGUUUAAGUGCCCCCCUUUAUCUACUGUCUACACUGGUGAAGCUACAGGCAUUCUCGAAGCCCUCAAUUUCAUUAACUCUCACAACCUUGAUAAAGCGGUUAUAUUUUCCGACUCAUUAAGCUGCCUCCAAGCCCUUCUAUCUAAUCCUUUUCGAUCUAAAUCCUGUCACCCCUUGAUUUUAAGAAUACGUGUGGUUCUCCUAAAUUGCCUCAACAAGGGUCUCCACAUUCAAAUCACUUACAUACCAGGUCAUACUGGUAUAGGGGGUAAUGAGAUGGCUGACUCUUUGGCUAAGUCUGCUACGCAAGUGGGUUGCAAUACUCACUUCAGUAAUUAUAGUCAAGACCUUGUUCCACUAUCAAAAUUGCGCUUGGAUGGGAAGUGGUUGAAUCUUUGGCAAGAGUCCAGCCGCACAAAAGCCGCUCCAAGUUGAUCAAAAUUUCUGCAUUUUCCCACUCAGUUCCAAAUGUUAAAUGUCACAACCGAACAAGUCUAACUGGCUGAAAUUUGAGUCCUGUCUCUCCCAUAUAUACUGGACAUUGGCGAAGUCCCUUUUUAUUGGGUGGAGCCAUUAAUUAAGAGAAGAAGAAGAAGA